AGAGGCUCGAAGAGAUUCCGAAGUAAAAGAAGAUUGUAAUAAAUAUUUACAACAUGGAGAAAAUGUUUUGAAAAUUAUUUAAUGUUUAUGAAGGAGUUAUUACAAAUUUUAUUAUACUUUGAAAAUGUCGUUUACUCCAGGAGGUAUUAAAUCAAGUCCAUUUGGUAAUACUAUAAAUAAAAACUUAUUAACACCUUGUCGUACAGUAGGGUUGUCGAGAAAAAGAACAACACCAAAUAGUAUUUCAAAGAUAUUAUCCCAAGAUUUAAAUAAUUCAAAUUCUAGUAUUUCAGAAAAUACUCCUGUUAACAGUAACGUUUAUACAAAGCGAAAAUAUGGAAUGGGAGAAAGUAGUUCUUUAACUAAUAGUGCAAAAAAAGUCGAAAGUGGAGUAAAGAAAAGUCUUGAUAGCUGUUUUCAGAAAGAUGAAAAUGCAGUUAUUGAAGUUAGGGAAGAAAACAUUGAAGACAAUGGUGAAAAAAAUAUUAAAAUUUUAUCUAAAAGACAAAUAAAACGUUUAGAAACUCAACAGAAAACAUUGGGUUCUGGAAAAAUGAAUAGUGAUGAUUUUGAAAAGGAGAACACACAAGAUACUGAAGUAAAAUCUAGUAAUCAGUCGUCUAAUAAAUUCUUAUCUUUGGAUGAAAAAGUUGAGAUUGAAGAUGAUGUAUACCCUCUUUCUGCAUAUAAUAGUUCUGUAAUGAAAGCUGAAGUUCCAGAUUCAACAAAUAUAUCCAGUACUGCAUCAGAUGAAACUAGUUCAACUAUUAAUGAUCCAUUAGUUAAACUUCCACUUAAAAGAACAAUUUUAUAUGAUUCUGAUGAUGAGUUUAGAAUCACUGAGAAUUUUACAACCAAGUUAAAAACAUGUGAGAGGAAAAAAACUGUAGAUGAAAGUGAUUAUAAACAUACGAAUUCUCAUGAUUCUUUUAGAGAUUGUUCAAUUAAUAUAAAGAGACUCAGUGAACAAGAGAUUGGUGAUUUAACAGUAAAUUCUGCUAAAAAAAUUGACACAAUUCAAUGUGCUAAAGAAGAUUUAGGUGUUAUUAAGAAGAAACGAUCUGAAGUAAUGAAUGAAGAAGAUGGUUUUAUAACAAAAUCUCUCAAACUAUCAAACGAGGUUGUUGAGAAAGUAACCAAAAAUAAAGAUCCCCCCAAAAUAAAAAAGUCGAAAUUACUUAAAGUAAAGUCACUUACACUUUGUAACAGUUUUGAUGAUGAAGAAGAGGCAUUCACCUCAACCCCAGAUAGAGAAAGAAAUGAAAAACGUGAACUAAUAAGUCAAAUUAAAGCAAUAGAAAAAAGUAUUAGUGAUAAAAAAAUUAAAUUAGAGAAUUUAAAAAGAGCCUCUUUGUAUAAAUCGAAACAUAACGUAGAAGAACUGAAUAAUGUUACAGAGAUAUGGAGGCGAGGUUGUAAUUUGGGUUUAGAAGGACUUUUGAAACAGUUACAGCUUCAUGGACCCAUGGAUAUGUCAACGCUAUUAAGAAAUUUACAAAUUUCACAAGAAACGGCUUCUAAAGUGCUUAUCAAUACUAUUUAGAUUAAGUAAUCAAUUUUAAUACAAAUUUAUAUUUUUUACAGUA